AUGGCGGAUCCGAGAAUUCGCAGACAAACCUACACAGCCGCAUCCCAGCCUUCCCGCGGGGCGUAUCCGCGCGGAUCUGUUCCCCCGCAAGCGCAACGCGGGGUCGGAUCCAGGGGAAGCGGGCCCAGCCGCGCAACUGCUGGCGGAAAUCUGGGUUCGGGGGAAAGGCUACCCCCGGAGACCGCGGAGCAGGCGGCGGAGCGGGAACUGCGCGAACGACGAGAGCAGGAGCGGGCGCAGGAGGAGCGGGAGAGGGAUGCGCGCGAGCGGAAGGCGCAAGCGGCGGGAGCGACUGCAGCGGGAGCAGCAGGCGGUGGUGUCGCUCGAGCGAUCUGCUUGGCUGAUCUGGCGCCUAUAGAAUGGAGCGAGCUGCCGGUGAGAGGCUUUUUAGAACGCGCGAGGCUUCAUCCGGAGGGGUUGGUGGCGGUGCUGCAGGGUGCUGUGGAGAGGAAGGCGGAGGAGAUAAGGAGGGAGUGUGCAGGGACAGAUGUGGAGGAAGAAGGAACGAGAUUAGGGGAAGGUUGGUGUGGUGGUGCUGCUGCAGAGUGCUGUAGGGAGGAAGGCGGAGGAGAUUCGGAGGGAGUGUGUGUGGAGAGAGGUGGAGGGAGUGUGUGUGGAGAGAGGUGGAGGGAGUGUGUGUGGAGAGAUGCGCCUCUCAGUGCGAGUGGGGGAGAAAGGGAAGGGAUGACUGGUGGCAGUGUCGACAGCACUCGUGUUCCCAACCUCUCUCUUCCUUCCCCACCCUUGCGUGCUUACUAUCACCAGACUGGCCACCUCAACCCCUCUCUGCUCCUCCCUUCCCUUGCUUAUCACCAGACUGGCCACCUCAACCCCUCUCUGCUCCUCCCUUUCCUUGCUUAUCACCAGACUGGCCACCCCAACCCCUCUCUGCUCCUCCCUUUCCUUGCUUAUCACCAGACUGGCCACCCCAACCAAGGCGCCUCUCAGUGCGAGUGGGGGAGGAACGGGAGGGCUGACUGGUGGCAGUGUCGUGCUCCCAGCCUCGCUACCUUCCUCCCUUCCCUUGCUUAUCACCAGACUGACCACCCCAACCCCUCUCUGUUCCUCCCUUCCUUGCUUAUCACCAGACUGGCCACCUCAACCCCUCUCUGCUCCUCCCUUUCCUUGCUUAUCACCAGACUGGCCACCCCAACCAAGGCGCCUCUCAGUGCGAGUGGGGGAGGAACGGGAGGGCUGACUGGUGGCAGUGUCGUGUUCCCAGCCUCGCUACCUUCCUCCCUUCCCUUGCUUAUCACCAGACUGGCCACCUCAACCCCUCUCUGCUCCUCCCUUCCCUUGCUUAUCACCAGACUGGCCACCUCAACCCCUCUCUGUUCCUCCCUUCCCUUGCUUAUCACCAGACUUGCCACCUCAACCCCUCUCUCUGCUCCUCCCUUCCCUUGCUUAUCACCAGACUGGCACCUCAACCCCUCUCUGUUCCUCCCUUCCCUUGCUUAUCACCAGACUGGCCACCUCAACCCCUCUCUGCUCCUCCCUUCCCUUGCUUAUCACCAGACUGGCCACCUCAACCCCUCUCUGUUCCUCCCUUUCCUUGCUUAUCACCAGACUGGCCACCUCAACCCCUCUCUGUUCCUCCCUUCCCUUGCUUAUCACCAGACUGGCCACCUCAACCCCUCUCUGCUCCUCCCUUCCCUUGCUUAUCACCAGACUGGCCACCCCAACCCCUCUCUGCUCCUCCUUCCCUUGCUUCAUCACACAGACUGGCCACCUCAACCCCUCUCUGCUCCUCCCUUCCCUUGCUUAUCACCAGACUGGCCACCUCAACCCCUCUCUGUUCCUCCCUUCCCUUGCUUAUCACCAGACUGGCCACCUCAACCCCUCUCUGCUCCUCCCUUUCCUUGCUUAUCACCAGACUGGCCACCCCAACCAAGGCGCCUCUCAACUGACCACCCCAACCCCUCUCUGUUCCUCCCUUCCCUUGCUUAUCACCAGAUUAGCCACCUCAGCCCCUCUCUGCUCCUCCCUUUCCUUGCUUAUCACCAGACUGACCACUCCAACCAAGGCGCCUCUCAGGCGAGUAGGGGAAGUACGGCUGGGAUGACUGGUGGCAGUGACAACCGCAGCGGCAGUGGUGGUGGCACGUCAAAGCACCUUUUGCGCAAGGCAGCAAAGCAUGCAUCAUUCUCAUCUGCUGACGGUGGUGACGGUGGUGCUGCUGCUGCUGCUACUGCUGCUGCUGCUGCUGGGGCUGGUGGGAGCACAGGGCGAGGAGCAAGGGCUGGGGCGAGUCAGCGCUGCGCCAGGGACCGCAGUCUACACAGGAGCUGGUGCUGGCGAGACAGGGCGAGGAGCAAGGGCUGGGGCGAUUCAGCAGCGCCAGGGGCCACAGUCUACACAAGAGCUGGUGCUGGCGAGACAGGGCGAGGAGCAAGGGCUGGGGCGAUUCAGCAGCGCCAGGGGCCACAGUCUACACAAGAGCUGGUGCUGGCGAGACAGGUAAGAGAGGCAGGUGCAGAUGUGGUGGUGGCUGCUGCUGCCACUGCUGCUGCUGCUGCCACUGCUGCUGCUGCUGGGGUGGUGGCAGCACAGGGCGAGGAGCAAGGGCUGGGGCGAGUCAGCAGCGACCCGGCACCGCACUCAACACAGGAGCUGGUGCUGGCGAGGCAGGUGAGAAGGGCAAGUGUGUUGGUCGAUGGGUGGGUGUGGGUGAGUAGAUCUCACUGCUACUGCACUGAGUCAGCAGCACCAGGCGCUGCAGUCAACACAGGAGCUGGUGCUGGCGAGGCAG